UGGCUUCCUUGAAGUGGUUCAGUGGUGCAUGCAGCCCCCCAGAUCCUGCUCCCUCCAGCUAUGACUCACAGAAUUCUUCUGUUAACAGCCUUGACCUUAUUAUGUCAUGGGUUCAACCUGGACACUAAAAAUUCAAUGCUCUUCCAAGAGAAUGCAAGGGGCUUCGGGCAGAGCGUGGUCCAACUUGAGGGAUCCCGGAUGGUGGUUGGAGCCCCCCAGGAGAUAAAGGCUGCCAACCAAACAGGUGGCCUCUACCAGUGUGACUACAGCACGGGCAAGUGUGAGCCUAUCCCCUUGCAGGUCCCCCUGGAGGCGGUGAACAUGUCUCUGGGCCUGUCCCUGGCAUUUGCCAGGAACCCUUUCCGACUGCUGGCCUGUGGCCCCACUGUGCACCAAACUUGUAAGGAGAACACCUAUGUGAAUGGCUUAUGCUUCCUCUUUGGAUCCAACCUAUGGCAGCAGCCCCAGAGUUUCCCGGAGAGCCUCAGAGAGUGCCCUCGGCAGGACAGUGAUAUUGCCUUCCUGAUUGAUGGUUCUGGUAGUAUCAUCCCAAGCGACUUUCAGCGGAUGAAGGAUUUUGUCUCAACUGUGAUGGAUCAAUUCAAGAAGUCCAAAACCUUGUUUUCUUUGAUGCAGUACUCUGAAGACUUCCAGACUCAUUUCACCUUUAAUGAAUUCAAGAAAAACCCUAACCCAGCACUGCUGGUGAGGCCAAUAAGACAGUUGCUCGGGAGGACACACACUGCCACAGGAAUCCGCAAAGUCGUGAGAGAACUGUUUCAGAGCAGCAGUGGAGCCCGGGAGAAAGCCUUUAAGAUCUUAGUAGUCAUCACGGAUGGAGAAAAGUUUGGUGAUCCCUUGGACUACAAGGAUGUCAUUCCUGAAGCAGACAGAGAGGGGAUCAUUCGCUAUGUCAUUGGGGUGGGAGAGGCUUUCCACAGUCUGAGAAAUCGGGAAGAGCUUAAUACCAUUGCAUCCAAGCCUUCUCGUGAUCAUGUGUUCCAGGUGAAUAACUUUGAAGCUCUGAAGACCAUUCAAAACCAGCUUCAGGAAAAGAUCUUUGCAAUUGAGGGUACUCAGACAGGAAGUACCAGCUCCUUUGAACAUGAGUUGUCUCAGGAUGGCUUCAGUGCUGCCAUCACCUCUAAUGGUCUCUUGCUAGGUGCUGUGGGAAGCUUUGACUGGGCUGGUGGAGCCUUUCUAUAUUUGUCAAAGGAUACAUUCACCUUCAUCAACACAACCAGGGUCGAUUCAGACAUGAACGAUGCUUACUUGGGUUACGCUUCUGAAGUCAUCUGGAAGAGCAAUGUGCAAAAAAACCUGGUUCUUGGAGCACCACGAUAUCAGCACACUGGCCUAGUGGUGAUGUUCAGAGAACAUUCUGGUACCUGGGAGACCAGCACUGUUAUCAAGGGUAGCCAGAUUGGGUCCUACUUUGGGGCCUCCCUCUGCUCUGUGGACAUGGACAAAGACGGCAGCUCUGACCUGGUCCUCAUUGGGGCCCCCCAUUACUACGAGCAGACAAGGGGGGGGCAGGUGUCUGUAUGCCCCUUGCCUCGGGGGAGGGCUAAGUGGCAGUGUGAGGCUGUUCUCCGUGGGGAGCAGGGCCACCCCUGGGGCCGCUUUGGGGCAGCCCUGACAGUGCUGGGAGACGUGAAUGGAGACAAGGUGACAGACGUGGCCAUUGGAGCCCCAGGAGAGCAGGAGAACCGGGGUGCUGUUUACCUAUUUCAUGGAACCUCAAGAUCAAGCAUUAGCCCUUCCCACAGCCAGCGGAUUGAAAGCUCCCAGCUCUCCCCCACGCUCCAAUAUUUUGGUCAGUCACUGAGUGGGGGCCAGGACCUCACAAUGGAUGGACUGGUGGACCUGGCUAUAGGGGCCCAAGGCCAUGUGCUGCUGCUUAGAUCCCAGCCUGUGCUGAGACUUGAGGUGACCAUGGAGUUCACACCCAAAGAAGUGGCAAGGAAUGUGUUUGAGUGUCAUGAAAAGGCGGUGAAAGAUCAGACUGCUGGGGAGGUCAGAGUUUGCCUCCGUGUCCGCAAGAAUACACCGGACAGGCUAAGAGAAGGAGAGAUUCAGAGCAGCGUCACAUAUGAUAUGGCUCUGGAUCCAAGACUCUCACAUCCCCGAGUUGCCUUUGAAGAGACAAAGAACAGCACACGCAGACAGACAAGGGUCUUGAAGCUGAAUCAAGAAUGUGAGACCCUGAAGCUAUUGUUACUGUAUUGUGUAGAGGACUCAGUGAACCCCAUCGUCCUGAACUUCAACUUCUCUCUGGUGGGGAAGCCCUUGGCCUUAUUCGGGAACCUCCAGCCAGUGCUGGCUGUGGAUGCUCAGAGACUCUUCACAGCUUUGUUUCCCUUUGAGCAGAAUUGUGGCAGUGACAACAUCUGCCACGAUGACCUCAGCAUCACCUUCACUUUUAUGGGUCUGGAUACCCUGGUGGUGGGUGGUCUUCGAGACGUGAAUGUGACACUGACUGUGAGAAACCAGGGCGAGGACUCCUACAGGACUCAAGUUAUCUUCUUCUACCCACCUGGCUUGUCCUAUCGGCGGGUGUCAGUGGACCAGAAGCAGCACUCACAGCGACCUUGGCGCCUGACUUGUGAGUCUGAUGACUCCAUCAGUGGGCCUGAGGCUUUGAAGAAUAGCAGUUGCAACAUAAACCAUCCCAUCUUCUCAAACUACUCAGAGAUCACCUUUAAUAUCACAUUUGGUGUGGAAUCUGAUGCUUCCUUUGGAAACAGACUACUACUCAAGGCCAAUGUGACCAGUGAGAACAACACAACUAAGACCAACAAAACUGAAUUCCAACUGGAGCUGCCUGUGAAAUACACUGUCUUCGUGGUGGUCACCAGCCAUGAAGCCUCUACCAAAUAUCUCAACUUCGUAGCCUUGGAGAAGACCAGCCACAUUAUAAUACACCAAUAUGAGCUCAACAACUUGGGUCAGAGGAGCCUCCCCAUCAGUGUGGUCUUCUGGGUACCUAUCAAACUGAACCAGGUGGCCGUGUGGGAAAACCUCCAGGUCACCCUUUCCCAGAACCUCUCCAGCACAUGCCACACCGAGGAGAAGUCUCCCCCUCUCUCUGACUUCAUGAAAGAGCUUAAUAAGGCCCCAGUGGUGAACUGCUUCAUUGCUGUCUGCCAGAGAAUCCAGUGUGACAUCCCAUCCUUCGGCAUCCAGGAAAGAGUCAACAUUACCCUCGAAGGCGAACUCUCGUUUGACUGGUAUAUCAAGACUUCAGCAAACUACCUUCAAGUUGUGAGCACAGCAGAGGUCUUGUUUGAUGAUUCGAAGUUUGCCCUGCUUCCAGGACAGGAGGCAUUUCUGAGGGCCCAGACAGAAACCAAAGUGGAGCCACAUGAAGUGCACAACUCUGUACCACUUAUAGUGGGCAGCUCAGUAGGGGGGCUGGUGCUUCUGGCCCUCAUCAGCGCUGGACUGUACAAGCUUGGCUUCUUCAAACGGCAGUACAAGGACAUGAUGAAUGAAGCUGCUCCCGACACCCAGCCCCAGUAACAGCUCCUUCCCCAUUGAGUGGCCUCUUCUGCAACAAGUAGGACUUUGAAGUGAUGGCAGCUUUUGUGGGUGAAGAAAAAGGGAAAUCUAACAGAUCCUGCUCCUGCUGAAGGAAGCAAGACCUCUUUUCAUGGGUGAGGACACAGACCUGCAGGAACCUUGGCAGCUGGAUCAAGACCACGUGGAGGAGCCAUGUUGGAGCCAGGAUCUGAUCAGUCACCAGGAGCCUGUCCACUCAUUCCAUACUAGAGCUACAUAAGGUCCAAUGAGCAGUGGUGCACCUCCUUUUAUGUAUGCAUUUACUUAUUAUUUUAAUAUUACUUUUAUUUUUUGGAUGGGUAAACCUAUCGAUAGUACAAAAAUCAAAAGAUGUGCAGGCAUGAAUGGUGAAAAGUUUCUCUUCCAUCCUGGUCUCCCCAGCCACCUAACUCCUUCCUAAGGGGCUAUAAGGUUAUGUGUUUUGGGGUCUCUUUCACAAAGAUUCUAAGCAUAUGCAAACACAUACAUACACACACAAGCUUUUUUACACAAAUGGUAACAGGUGUUAUUUAUACUGUUCUGCAUCUUGCUUUAUUCAUCAAUAUCGCUUAGAAGUUUUAUAUUAAGACAUAAAGUAUUUUUUCAUUCUUCUAUAGAGCUGUGUAGUAUCCCAUUGUGUCGGUAGAUCAUGAUGUAUUCAACCAGUUUCUUUUCAGUAUAUUAUUUCCAACCUCUUGCAAUUACAAACAAUGAUGAAUUAAUAAAUUGAAUGUAUGUCAUUUUUG